CUCGACUCUGGUCGUAUGAACUGUUGCUGGUAAAAGCACCAUUGCCUUUUUACAAAUCCAUCCGAUUCUUUUUUUCAAAUGAAACAAUGGCAGCUCCUCCAUCACUUGCGCAAUUGAUAAGCACUCUACCCGAUCAUGUUGCCUACAACCCAGAACGAGCGCGCAUUGCUGCGGCCAGUGCUAAAAUUAGCCAGAGAGCCGCAGAGAUUCUUGCAGGAUGCUGUGCCGCUGUAGCUCUACUGGCUGUAUGCGGCCGCGUUCUAUUCCAGCUGAAGAAGCGCGGCAAGUUGUUCGCUGAUGACUUCCUCGUCAUCUUCGCGACUUGCUGUCUCGCAACUUCUACCGGACUCUUUUACAAGUUGUCGCCUAGUCUGUUCAUGACAGAUGCCUUGAGAGCAAAUAGGGAGAAUCUCGCCAUGUACAGCAGCAAAGAAGCCACGGCGAUGCUUGCGAUGCACGAGUACAUUGAAGCUUUCAUCACGUUUGCCUGGACUGCCAAUUACGCAGUCAAACUAAGCUUUCUGGUCUUCUUCAGACAACUGGUUCGGGAUGUGAGCGGACGCCUGACUAUCAUGUGGUGGUUCGUGCUAGCAUUCACGAUUGUGUCAUGGAUUUUCAGCAUCCUCAACAAAUACAUAGCAUGCAGUGUCUCUGGGACUAGAUGUUCCGCUUAUCCCAAAAUGACUAACGUCUUGAUGCCGACCGGCUGGACCUGUUUCGCUCUCGACGUUGCCUCAGAUGUAGGAAUCGUCCUCAUUCCCAUCCUGCUCCUCCGCAAUUCCUUUCUCCGCCUCAGUCAGAAAUUACGAAUUCUGGCGUUCCUGUGUCUCAACGUAUUCUGUAUCGCCCUUGCUCUUAGCCGAAUCGUUGCAUCUGCUUAUCACGCUGACGGUCAGAUUGUGUUCCGCAUCGUGCAUACGCAUUUUCUGCUUCAUAUUCAAGCAUGUGUAGCUGUGCUCAUGGGUGGGGUAACAGCGUUUCGAACUAUUUUUGCAUCUCACUUUCGCGAACGCGAAAACCAACGGUCAGCAUUCCAUAACCGGAUGCGAUCGUGGUUUAAGAGACCAGAGUCUAGUCCGAAUGAGGCGCUUGGAGAGAAUGAGAAGCAAAGAAAAGGAAGAUUCCUUCCUGUUUCGAUCUCAAGAGGAACGAUUCGCGGGCUGCGGACGUUUAUUCGGCGCAAUGGAAGGGAAAAGGGGCAUACCACUUGCGAAAGCACCGAAAACGGUUCUCAGGAUGGUUCCUUACAAAGCUAUCAUAAUUACAUGAAAGGAGAGAUCCGCCGCAUAGAUCCUGAACCUGAGUCCACUGGAAAAAUUGUUAUUUUGGAACAACCGCCUUCGCCAGCUCUUUAUGGUCAUGACUUUGCAUGA